CUCAAUAUAUUAUAUAUCAUGUAAAACAAAAGAAUUUAACACUUACAGUAAAUAUGGAGAAUAGGCAAAUUACAUCUAUUUUGUUGUUAAUAUCAUGUUUACUAUUUAACGAAGCAAUUCAAUAUAAAAAUUCCAAUGACGAACAAUUUAAAGAAGCCACGACAGUAAAAGCUGCAGAAUAUGGAGAAUUGUUAAAAUAUGCACAUGAAGAAGAAUGUCCUUGGGAUGAAAGUACAACAGAAGCAGCUGCUUCUAGUGGUAAUUUAGAAUGCUUGAAAUAUGCUUAUGAAAAUGGCUGUAAAUGGGAUGAACGUACAACUACUGCGGCUGCCAAAUUAGGUAAUUUAAAAAUGUUAAAAUAUGCACAUGAAAAUGAAUGUCCGUGGGAUGAAAGCACAACGGAAGCAGCUGCUUCUAAUGGUAAUUUAGAAUGCUUAAAAUAUGCCUUUGAAAAUGGCUGCAAGUGGGAUGAACGUACAACUACUGCAGCUGCCAAAGAAGGUGAUUUAAGUAUUUUAACAUAUGCACAUGAAAAUGAAUGUCCGUGGGAUGAAAGAACAACAGAAGCAGCUGCUUCUAGUGGUUAUUUAGAAUGCUUAAAAUAUGCUUAUGAAAAUGGCUGUAAAUGGAAUCAAUCCGAUAUAGUGCUACUUGCUAUUCAUAAGGGCAAUCUAGAAAUGUUAAAAUAUGUUCAAGAAAAUGGAUAUGAAUUCAAUGAACAUACAACCAAUAUGGCUGCGAUGAGUAAUCUAGAAAUUUUAAAAUAUGUUCUUAAAAAUGGAUAUCCAUGCAAUAAGAAAACAACUCAUAUAGCUGCCUUCAAUGGUAAACUAGAUAAUUUUAAAUAUUUACAUGAAUGUGCAUGUCCAUGGGAUGAAAGUACAACUAAAUUAGCUGCAUAUAAUGGUCAUUUAAAUAUUUUAAAAUAUGCACAUGAAAAUAGAUGUCCGUGGGAUGAAAGCACAACAGAAGCAGCUGCUUUUAGCGGUAAAUUAGAAUGCUUAAGAUAUGCUUAUGAAAAUAGCUGUAAAUGGAAUCAAUUUAAUAUUGCGAGAAACGCUAUUGUAAAGGGUAAUCUAGAAAUAUUAAAAUAUGUCCACGAAAAUGGAUAUGAAUUCAAUGAACUCAUAACUAAUAUAGCUGCAAUAAGUAAUCUAGAAAUUUUAAAAUAUAUUCUUAAAAAUGGAUAUCCAUGCAAUAUGAAAACAACUUAUAUUGCUGCCUUAAAUGGUAAACUAGAAAAUUUAAAAUAUUUACAUGAAAAAGAAUGUCCGUGGGACGAAAGGACAACAAAAGCAGCUGCUUCUAGUGAUAAUUUAGAAUGCUUGAAAUAUGCUUUUGAAAACGGCUGUAAGUGGGAUGAAUGUAUAACUACUGCGGCUGCCUUGAGUGGUAAUUUAAAAAUAUUAAAAUAUUCACAUGAAAAAGAAUGUCCGUGGGACGAAAGGACAACAGAAGCAGCUGCCACUAGCGGUAAUUUAGAAUGCUUACAAUAUUUGUUUGAACAUGGUUGUAAAUGGAAUGAACGCACAACUACUGCGGCUGCCUGGAACGGUGAUUUAAAAAUAUUGAAAUAUUUAUAUGAAAAAGAAUGUCCGUGGGAUGAAAGCACAACAGAAGCAGCUGCUUCUAGGGGCAAUUUAAAAUGCUUACAAUAUUUGUUUGAACAUGGAUGUAAAUGGGAUGAAAGCACAACUACUGCGGCUGCUUGGAAAGGUCAUUUAAAAAUACUAAAAUAUGCACAUGAAAAAGAAUGUCCUUGGGAUGAAAGCACAACAGAAGCAGCUGCUUCUAGUGGUAAUUUAGAAUGCUUGAAAUAUGCUUUUGAAAAUGGCUGCAAGUGGGAUGAAAGUACAAGUACUGCAGCUGCCAAAGAAGGUGAUUUAAGUAUUUUAAUAUAUGCACAUGAAAAAGAAUGUCAGUGGGAUGAAAGCACAACAGAAGCAGCUGCUUCUAAUGGUAAUUUAGAAUGCUUGAAAUAUGCUUUUGAAAAUGGCUGCAAGUGGGAUGAAAGUACAAGUACUGCAGCUGCCAAAGAAGGUGAUUUAAGUAUUUUAAUAUAUGCACAUGAAAAUGAAUGUCCUUGGAAUGAAAGCACAACAGAAGCAGCUGCUUCUAGCGGUAAUUUAGAAUGCCUAAAAUAUGCUUUUGAAAAUGGCUGCAAGUGGGAUGAACGUACAUCUACUGCAGCUGCCAAAACAGGUGAUUUAAGUAUUUUAAAAUAUGCACAUGAAAAUGAAUGUCCGUGGGAUGGAAGCACAACAGAAGCAGCUGCUUCUAGCGGUAAUUUAGAAUGCCUAAAAUAUGCUUUUGAAAAUGGCUGCAAGUGGGAUGAACGUACAUCUACUGCAGCUGCCAAAAAAGGUGAUUUAAGUAUUUUAAAAUAUGCACAUGAAAAUGAAUGUCCGUGGGAUGAAAGGACAACAGAAGCUGCUGCUUCUAGCGGUAAUUUAGAAUGCUUAAAAUAUGCCUACGAAAAUAACUGUAAAUGGGAUAAAUACACUACUCGAUCUGCUGCAGCAAAUGGCUGUUUAGAAUGUUUGGUUUAUGCUUAUGAUAAGGGAUGCAAUAUGGACAACAAUUUAAUAGUUGCAGCAGCUAUGCAUGGUAAUUUAGAUUGCCUAAUGUAUGCCCGUGAACAUGGAUGUGAUUGGGUCGAAGGUACUAUGAGAGGGGCUGCAGCAAAUGGACAUUUAAAAUGUCUUAAAUAUGCUUAUGAAAAUGGGUGUCCGUGGGAUGAAGGCACAACAAGGGAAGCAGCUGCGAGUAAUUUUAUUAAUUGUUUAGUAUUUGCAUAUAAAAAUGGGUGUAAAUGGGAUGAAGGAACUAUGAGUGGAGCUGCUGCAAAUGGCAAUUUAGACUGCCUUAAAUAUGCUCAUGAAAAUGGUUGUGAGUGGGAUAAAGGCACAACAAGACUUGCUGCUGCAAAUGGUCAAUUUCAUUGCUUAAUAUAUGCUCAUGAAAAUAAUUGUCCUUGGAGUAGCGGAACAAUUUCUGAAGCUACUCUAAAUGGUUAUACUAAUAUAAUUAACUAUGCUACUAAAAAUGGCUGUUCUAAUUAAUAUUCUAUUGAAUUUUCUUAAUUGUUACUUCAUUUAUUUAUGACAAACUAUGUUUGAAAAAAUUAACUGGAACUAAUUUAUUGAAUAUGUACAUUGUAUCUAAAAUAAACAAAAAAAAAUGGAAAAUUUCCAAUAUUUUUAA